CGCACCAGCUUUGGUCAUACCAAAAAAGCAACCGACAAUUUUACGUCAAAAGCUAAGGAAAUAAUUUAAAUCAACGAAAGAAUCGGCAUACAAUGGCAGCAAAGGCAGCACUACCUCUGCAGAAGUUCGGCCGGCGUUUCGUCCAGCUGAGGUCAUCGGUCACGUCCCAAAAUAUGAGCGCCCUGCGUUUGUAUAGCACAGAGAAACAACCGGAAGAAGCGGCGGCAGGUGCAGCGGAUCAGAAGGCACCCGCAUCCUCGCCAGAACUGGAGCAACUCACCAAGGAUUUGGCCGCCGCCAAGGAGCAGAAUGCCGAGCUCCUCGACAAAUACAAGCGAUCCCUUGCCGACAGCGAAAACAUGCGCAACCGGUUGAACAAACAGAUCAGCGACGCCAAGAUCUUCGGCAUCCAGAGCUUCUGCAAGGACCUGCUCGAGGUGGCCGACACACUGGGACACGCCACGCAGGCGGUGCCCAAGGAUAAGCUCAGUGGAAAUGCCGAUCUGAAGAAUCUAUACGAGGGACUCACCAUGACGCGGGCAUCGCUGCUGCAGGUGUUCAAGCGACAUGGUCUGGAGCCCCUGGACCCCAUCAACCAGAAGUUCGACCCCAACCAGCACGAGGCUCUGUUCCAGAAGGAGGACAAGAGCGUCGAGCCCAACACCGUGGUGGAGGUGACCAAGCUGGGCUACAAACUGCACGAGCGUUGUAUACGUCCCGCCCUGGUGGGCGUGUCCAAGUGUUGAUGGCCAAGCGGCUGCCCAGCGGCGUGCGAAAUUCCCAGUCCCCAAGUUCCCAUUUACAUGGCGUCGCCCUCAAUUGUUUGCAAUUUGUUUUCCGCUGCAAAAUUUAUGUACGUAAACCCCGUGUAAAUACAACCAAUCCCCAAAUGCAUCCUUCGGGCAGCGCUUGCGAAUUUAGAAUUCCUCCUAGUUUCUAAGAGAUCUGUGACUGGAUUUGAUGGCCACAAUUUGUACCACACGCGUUGCCAUCGAGUGUUCCAAUUUAAGGUUUAAUUACGAUAAUAAAAAACAUGUUAGUUUUGUUAAAA